AUGAGUUCCCACCAGGAGAAGCAGCCCUGCAUCCCAACACCCGACCCUCAGCAGCAGCAGGUGAAACAACCCUGCCAGCCUCCACUCCAGGAAUCAUGUGUCUCCGAAACCAAGGAGCCAUGCCACACCAAAAUGCCAGAGCCCUGUCACCCCAAGGUUCCUGAGCCAUGCGAACCCAAGUUUCCAGAGCCCUGCCACCCCAAAGUUCCAGAGCCCUGCCACCCCAAAGUUCCAGAGCCUUGCCACCCCAAAGUUCCAGAGCCCUGCCACCCCAAAGUUCCAGAGCCAUGUCCUUCACCAGUUAUCCCGGGGCCAGCCCAGCAGAAAACCAAGCAGAAGUAA